UGGAAACUAUAUACAGAAUUAGACAUUUAUUAUUAUUAUUAUUUGAGUGUGGACGAGUCGACGAGUUUGAUCGACCUAGAUUGCGAGGGUAAAAAUGGUAACAAAUUUUCAGUUAAAAAAAAAAUUCUUAUAGUUUAUUUAGAGAGCCAUUGGCCCAUUGUAGACUCAACUUUUGAUACAUUGCAAAUUACAAUGGCAUUAACUUUCAUUCAACUCUCUCUCUCUUUUCUCUUGCUUCUUCUCACUUCACCAUUCUUAUGUGCAACAUAUGCAAACAACCACCUUCAGUUCUCCCCAAAACAGCAAGCAGAAAAGUUCAUAAGAAGCCUCAACUUGUUCCCUAAAGACUCCAUUAACAUUGCCACCCAUGACCCUUCAUUUGUUGCCCCAAAGAUUGUAGAGAAAUCGUUUAGUUUAACUUCUCUGAAUCAUUCUGUCACUUCAGUUGAAGAUCUUGGUCACCAUGCUGGUUACUAUAGUCUUCCACAUUCCAAAGCAGCAAGGUUGUUUUAUUUGUUCUUCGAAUCGCGGAACAACAGGAACGAUCCUGUGGUCAUGUGGUUGACUGGAGGGCCAGGGUGUGGCAGUGAACUGGCUUUAUUCUAUGAAAAUGGUCCUUUCCACAUUGCAAACAACUUGUCUCUAGUGUGGAAUGACUAUGGCUGGGACAUGGCAUCAAACCUUCUUUAUGUGGACCAGCCUGUCGGAACUGGAUUCAGUUAUAGUACUGAUGAGAGUGAUUUUCGCCAUGAUGAAGGCGGUGUUAGCAAUGACUUGUAUGACUUUUUGCAGGCAUUUUUCAAGAAGCAUCCUCAAUUUGCUAAAAAUGACUUCUACAUAACUGGAGAAUCAUAUGCUGGGCACUACAUUCCAGCAUUUGCUACUCGGGUUCACCAAGGAAACAAAGCAAAAGAAGGAAUUCAUAUAAACCUGAAGGGAUUUGCUAUUGGAAAUGGGCUAACCAAUCCUGAAAUCCAGUACAAAGCAUACACUGACUAUGCACUGGAAAUGAAGUUAAUUGAUAGUUCUGAUUACAAUCGUAUUAACUUGGAUAUUCCACAAUGUGAACAGGCAGCAAAAAAGUGUGCAUUGUCAGGCACUGGUGGCGAAAAUGAUUGUGUGACAGCAUAUGACAUUUGCAGUGACAUAUUCAAUCAGAUCUUAAGCAUAGCUGGUGGUAUAAAUUACUAUGACAUUAGAAAGGAAUGCACCGGAGAGCUAUGUUAUGAUUUCUCAAACAUUGAGACAUUCCUGAACAAGAAGUCAGUUAGACUUAGGGAUGGCCUAGGGGUUGGGGACAGAAAAUUCAUUUCAUGCAGUAGUGAUGUAUAUAAUGCCAUGCAGAAUGACUGGAUGAGGAAUCUUGAAGUAGGUAUUCCUGCUCUUCUGGGGGAUGGAAUCAAGGUGCUUGUGUAUGCUGGGGAGUAUGACCUCAUAUGCAAUUGGCUGGGGAAUUCAAGAUGGGUUCAAGCAAUGGAAUGGUCAGGACAGAAACAGUAUGGGGCAGCCCCAACUGUUCCAUUUGUAGUUGACGGUGCAGAAGCAGGAUUGCUAAAGAGCCAUGGGCCUCUCACUUUCCUCAAGGUCCAUGAUGCUGGUCACAUGGUUCCAAUGGAUCAGCCUAAAGCUUCUCUACAGAUGCUGGGGAGCUGGAUGCAAGGGAAACUAACCAAGUCUGAGGCAGAAGAUAGGGUUUCCCCCUAGUGAUGGCCUCAAUGAACCAGGCAUACUCUUACUAAGCAUGUGCCUAUAUUAUGGAUUUCAGGAAUGGUGUCUGGGUAGGACUAGUUGUGAUAUGUUUGUCCAUCAGUGACCGCAAGGUUCUUGUUUUCAACUACUCCUUAAAAUAUUUUAUUGCUAGAAUGAAGCUUCCUGAAGAAUG